AUGUCGAUACGCCUACUGGGCGAUCAAAACAUGCUAUUUUAUACUUCUAUGGCAGCAGUUGAUUCAUGGCAGAAUGGCAAGAGGCUACUAGUUGCUACUCAAACAAACAUUCAUCUGCACGAAUUGUUUAUGAUUUCAACCAGUGUCAUGGCGCAAGUAAUUCAGAUCGGUGAAGAGCUUCCAGCGGAGACCAUUACAGCAGAAAAAUCUGUCGUCAAUCCGGUUCUCCUACAAGUCUCGAGCCUUGUUGAUAUGAAUAAGAGAAUUGAUGCUGCAGAACCGGUGCAAAUCGUCAUUCCAGAUAGUACACCGACGUGUACUCAACCAAAAGCGGAGAGUCUUCGCGGUGGCGGUGAUAGUGCUAUCAUACCUAUUGUUGUUUGUUUUCUACUUUUAUGCAUUAUUGGUCUCCUGAUUGGUACUAUUGUCGGUUUUACGACUGGAAAAUCAGCUGUUGGUAUCGGUUGCCUUGUAGUGUUGAUUCUCUGCUGUUGUGGGGGAGGUGGUGGUGGUGGUGCCGCAGCUUCUAGCGGUUAA